AUGGCGAACCCUAACUGGAAAGAACUCGACAUUGCUAUUGUCGGCGGAGGCAUUGGUGGCCAAGCCGCAGCAGUGUCUCUCCGUCGCCAGGGUCACAAGGUGACAAUCUACGAAAAGGCCGACUAUGCUGGUGAGGUUGGUGCGUCCAUCUCAUGCGCCGCCAACGGCACUCGCUGGCUCGAGGAGUGGAAGGUCAACAUUGAGCUUGGUGAUCCAGUCGUGCUGAAGAAGCUGAUCAGCAGAGACUGGAAGACUGGUGAGCCAAUCAAUGUCUACGAUCUGAGCGAUUACAAGGAGCGCUGGGGAUAUGUGUACAACAUGUUCCAUCGGCAAUACAUGCACCGAAUGCUCAUGGACAGCGCCGUUGGCAACCACGGAGAGGGUACCCCGGCCAAGCUUAUGGUGAACCACAUGGCCGAAGAUGUGAACCUGGAGACAGGCGAAAUCACCUUCACCAACGGCAACAAGGCGAAGCAUGAUGUCGUGAUUGGAGCCGACGGAAUCGGUUCGGCUCUGCGUCGCGUUCUUGGCAUCAAGACGGUCCGCCGGCCGGCUACGUGCACUUGCCUCCAUGCCAAUGUUGACACGGAGAAGGCAGUCAAGCUUGGUCUCGUUGACUACUCCAAGAACAGUGCCAUCGAGUACUGGGGCGGAUACGAUACUCACUUCAAGAUCGUUCUGUCUCCCUGCAAUGGCGGCAAGCUGUUGUCGUACUACUGCUUCUUCCCGCGAGAGGCUGGAGAUCUCCAGGCGCAGACCUGGGAUCAGGAGGCGACGGUUGAGGAGCUGUUGGCACCCUAUCCUGAUCUCGACCGCCAGGUGUUCAAGCACUUGGAGAUUGGUUAUGAGGUUCGCCCCUGGCGCCUGUGGAUCCACGAGCCCUACCCGCUGUGGCAAAAGGGCCUGGCCUGCAUCAUGGGCGACGCCGCACAUCCGAUGAUGCCUGACCAGAGCCAGGGUGCCUGCCAGGCCAUUGAGGAUGCUGCUUGCCUGGGUCUUGUCUUUGGCAAGAAGAACUUCAAUGGAGACAUCCGAGAAGCACUCGAGGUGUUUGAGCAGGUGCGGAAGCCAAGAGGUACCAAGGUCCAGGCAGCUUCUGCCAGGGCUAGAGAGAACAUCAAUGAACGCAUCGGAUUCUCAAGCAACACUGACCUGCCGGUCUACCAUGUUUCCGCCGAAGAUGACAAGCUCACGAUAGAUGAAAUGAACCUUUAUGACAUGACGGCCCAUGUGGACCAAGUCUUGAGCGAGCGCAGGAGUGGAGUAAAGGCAAACGGGCAUUGA